ACGUUUAACGAGGGCUGUGUGAUGGUGAGGCAGCCAGCUCUGGAGCUGAUAUCUCACCUGAAGAGAGCCGACUACAGCAAGCCCACCCUGCGCUACCUACUCUAUGGGGUGAAGGGCAGUGGGAAGACCAUGUCUCUCUGUCAUACUGUCCACUACUGCUCCAAACAGGGAUGGCUAGUAUUACACUUACCAGAUGCCCACCUGUGGGUGAAGAACUGUAAGGAGUUGUUGCCCUCCUCCUACCACACCUCCCGCUUUGACCAGCCAAUACAGGCCUCCAACUGGCUGCGCAACUUCAGAACCACCAAUGAACACUUCCUCUCCAAGAUCAAGUUGAGGCARCGGUACGUGUGGACUAAGAGGGAGAGCACUGAGGAGGGACGGCCACUAGGGGAGCUGGUGGACAUGGGAGUGUCUCGUGUGAAGAGCAGCAGUGAUGUGGUGGGGUUUCUAAAGGAGCUGAGGCUACAGGCUGGGGGGACAGAGGGGGGCUUCAGGCUGGCUGUGGCUGUUGAUGGAGUCAACGGUCUCUGGGGAAGGACCACGCUCAAGAAGGAGGACAAGAGCCCUGUGGCUCCAGAGGAGUUGACGUUGGUUCAUAACUUGAGGAAGAUGAUCAACAAUGACUGGUGUGGAGGGGCGGUCAUCGCCACUCUGUCUCAGACAGGGUCUCUCUACGCUCCAAGCUCUGCCUACCUGCCCCAGGAGCUGCUGGGAGAGGAGGGCUUUGACAGCAUGGACCCGUUUGUCCCAGUACCAGUCUCCCUCUACAGUGAGAAGGAGUUUGAGAGCUGUUACCUCUACUACCUGGACCGCCACUGGCUACAACACCCACACAGUCAGACAGAGGAAGGAAAGAAAGAACUGAUCUUCCUCAGCAACAGAAACCCUUCUGUACUGGAGAGACUAUGUGCCUUCCUGUAACAUCACACAUGGGCCCACACCCUCCCACUCACACACACCCAUAAUCAUGGACAAACCAUAGAGAUAGAUAGAGGACUCAUCUUUAUWUCUGUGCCUUUACAGCGUCUGUGACAGCAUGGGCAGCCCUAUUGAGGCUACAACCCAUAGGAAUCCCCACUCAGUUGACUACUUUGAAAUUGCGGAAGCAUGGUGGAAGCACUCGAUGGUGCUGCCCACGCAGAAUCAAGGCCACUAGCGGCCUCUAUCAUUUUCUAUGGGACAAACGCCAAUACAGACUCACACAUAACUGCAAUGUUAUAAUCCAUGUAUAUGUGUGUAUCCCUCCAUAAAUGAUUCUGGUGUGAUGCAUGAUAGUGUAUAGUGUCUUUUUCAUAAUAAAAAUGUACAUGAAAAACA